GUGGUAAACCGGAAGUGUAGCCCUGUGACGAUGGAGGAUGUAACGCCUGUGUUUUGGUUUUAGAGCUGGUCUUUUCUUAUAAUUCUACAAUCAUGGUGGUCCCCGUGGACAUCGAGACUCUCCUGCGGGAAGAGCCGGAGCCUGGAGAGCGGGCCGGAGAGUACUCGGAGCGGCCCGGGGAGGAGGGCCUGUGUGUGGUGGGGGUGUUCGGGAAGAGCAGCCUGCAGCCCGGCUCUCUGAAGGAGUCCCUGCUGGACACUCUGCUGGACAGACAUGUGUUCCCUCCAUUCGGCCCGGGGACCGGCAGCGGGCUGCGCGCGGUGCACGAGCCCGAGCGUCGCGUGCUCUAUCUGCUCAUGAGCUCCGUGUGCGACAGCCGCGAGCUGCUGCACGCUUGUGCUGUUAUGAGCGCAAACAGCGCGCACUCAGACGCGCACGAGCUGUGGAAGAGCCUGGAGCGACAGCACUGUCUGCAGCUGCUCUACCUGUUCUCCGUGUGCCACGUGCUGCUGCUGGUGCACCCCAACCACACGUUUGACGUCACCUACGACCGCCUGUUCCGCGCGAUGGACGCGCUACGCCAGAAAGUGCUGCCGCUGAUCCGCGCGGCCAUCAAAGACUGCACCGUGUCCAAGGAGUGGAAGCUCAACUGCCGACCGUGCCCCCCACGCCUACUCUUUGUGUUCCACAUGAACGGCACUCUGAAGGUGGGUAACGGCCCAGAGUCUGGCACCAACCCGGACAAGCCCAAGAAGCACUCUCCUCGCAGGAGGCUGCAGCAUGCCCUGGAGGACCAGAUCUAUCGUAUUUUCCGUAAAAGCCGCGUGCUGACCAACCAGAGCAGUAACUGUCUGUUCACUGUACCAGCUAACCAGGCCUUUGUGUAUGUGGUGCCCACCGCAGAGGAGGACCCUGUAGGCACUCUACUGGGGCAACUGCAGGCACAAUGUGCUCUUGGAGAACAGGACUCUGUGUCAGGCCCCAGGAGGUACCAGCUGAUGCGGCGCUCAGCACGGGCCCCUGCUCCCUCAGAGCUGGGGGCCGGGCCCUUCUCUGGGGCCCUUCAGGACUGUUCUCUGAAGGAGUUCCUGUGGCAACACGUGGAGCUGGUGCUCACAAAAAAAGGCUUUGAUGACAGCGUGGGCCGGAACCCACAGCCAUCACACUUCGAGCUGCCCUCAUUCUCCAAGUGGCUCCAGGUGGCCUCUAGACUGUACCAGGUGAUGGUGGGGCCCCCUGAGGAGGAGCACAAAGAGCUGCUCCUCAAAGUCCAGAACCAACUCAAAGUACUGGAAGGCUUUCUAGAUGCUGAUGCCAAGUUUUCAGACAACCGCUGUCAAAAGGCCCUGCCCCUGGCCCACAGUGCGUACCAGUCCAACCUGCCCCAUAACUACACAUCCACCGUGCACAAGAACCAGCUAGCCCAGGCGCUGCGCGUCUACAGCCAGCAUGCCCGUGGAGUGGCCUUCCAGCGCUACGCCCUGCAGCUACACGACGACUGCUACAAGUUCUGGAGCAGUGGGCACCAGCUCUGUGAGGAGCGUAGUCUCACUGACCAGCACUGUGUACACAAGUUCCACCUGUUGCCCCAGCCAGGGGAGAAGCCUGACCUGGAUCACAACCCUCCUAUUCUGCAGCACAACAGUAGGGGGCGCUCCAGCAGUAGCUGCAACUGUGGGAGGAAGCAGGCCACCAGAGAGGACCCGUUUGACCUUCAAGCUGCCAACUAUGACUUUUACAAAGUGCUGGAGGACAAGUGCUGUGGGAAGCUGGAGCGCUUGGAGUUCCCAGUGUUUGAGCCCAGCACCCCAGACCCUGCUCCAGCCUGUGAACCCGACCAGAGGCCCCACGGCGAGGGCACAGGACCCGGGGAUGAGAAGAGCCACACUCCUGGAGACCCCAGCCUGAGCCUGGCCUUGAGCCUAGGCCACUCCACUGACAGUUUAGAGCACUUUGGGGAGGGGGAAGCUCCAGAAGCUCCCCGGCAGAAGAGGCCCAGCCUGCUGGACCGCCAGCCCUCCACAGUGGAGUAUCUCCCAGGCAUGAUGCACUCAGGCUGUCCCAAAGGCCUCCUGCCCAAGUUCUCCAGCUGGUCCCUACUCAGACUAGGUGCCGCUAAGGCCUACAAUUGCCACGUGGGCCUGGAACAGCCAGGCUUUUUGCCCAGCUCUGCCUUUCUGCUCCCCUGGGACCUCGUGAUCCGCUCCCGCUCUGAGGAGGAGGGGUUGUCUGAGUCUUUGGACAGCUCUGGACUGUGGCCUGUGCCUAACAAGAGCAUGUCGGGGAAACGCGGGGGGCCAGGGGGGCCUGGGCGCAGCCGGCGCAGGGACGACGUGGCCCGCCUGUACGUGGGCUUUGCCUAUGAGGACAGCAGGGGGCGCCGUUUCAUCAGCGCUGGGCCUGAUAAGAUAGUGAAGGUCAUGGGGCCAGGGGGGGCCAAAGAGCCGGCCUCACGCGUCCUAAGCACAGACAUGCCCCUCUACAUGCCCUCCCCCUCUCAGGGCAGGGGGCUCAAGGUACACUUGGCCCAGCUGUCCCAUCUGUUCAUCGUCGUGCCCGAUGCCCCGCUGGAGGUGACCCUCAGCCCACAGGUGCAGCCAGGCCCUCUCCCCUGCCCCCUCUUCCACCCGGAGCAACCUGAGGUUGUGCUGCCCCCUGACGGGCUGUGGGUGCUGCGCUUCCCCUACGCUUAUGCCACAGAGCGGGGCCCCUGCUACCCACCCAAGGACGGACAGCCUCUGAGCGACUACAAGGUGCUGCGGGGGGUUCUGCGAGCCUGCCCCGUACCCCCUUUGCGCUCCUGAUCCCCCGCAUCCUUAUCCCAUCAGAGGGGAUGUGGUUUCAACAUAUGACUUUAGAACAGACUAUGAGAAAAACUAAUAGAAAGAAGCCUGAUGCCUAUUUAUUGUUACUGAUUUUCUUAAUAAGUGUAUGUGGGAACAAAUUUCUCAGAUUUGUAAUUUGAUUCUCUUUUUGAUUUGAUUGAUUUUGAUUACGUAAGUAAAGUAAAUAUGUAAGAAUAAAAUCUGCCUUUGUACUACAG